GCUGUAAUUCACUAUGUAGUUCAGACUGGACUUGAAUUUACUGCAAUCUCUGCCUCGGCCUUGUGACCGCUGGGGUCACUUGAACCACUGAGACUUGGGACUUGUUUCUUUCCACCAAUGUCCCGGAAAGGGAUUUCGCUUGCCAGGAAGUUUUGUCUGAGAGGUUCGGAGCCUAAGCAAUGGCUCCAGGGUGACUUCUUGGAUCCUCCACGUUUCCAGAACUUAGUGAAGACAGGCGGACCAGACUGGGGACAUGGACCUAUCAGCUGGGCUCCCUGUGCUACUAUUGCUGUUGCUGUGGUCCUUGGCUCUGCAGGCGCGGUCGCAGCGGUCACACUCUCUGUACUACCUCUUCAUGGGUGCCUCAGAGACAGAACUUGGACUGCCUUUGUUUGAGGCUAUGGGCUAUGUGGAUGACCAACUCUUCGUGUCCUACAAUCAUGAGAGUCGACGUGCUGAGCCCCGGGCCCCAUGGAUCUUGGAUCAGACCUCAAGCCAGCUGUGGCUACAGCUGAGUCAGAGCCUGAAAGGGUGGGACCACAUGUUCAUUGUGGACUUCUGGAAUAUCAUGGACAACUAUAACCACAGUAAGGUCACUAAGCUGGGAGUGAUGUCGGAGUCCCACAUCCUUCAGGUGAUCCUGGGCUGUGAGGAGCAUGAAGACAACAGUACCAGUGCCAUCUGGAAGUAUGGGUAUGAUGGACAAGACCACCUUGAAUUCUGCCCCAAGACACUGGACUGGAGAGCAGCAGAGCCAGGGGCUUGGGCCACUAAGGUGGAGUGGGAAGAGCACAAGGUUCGGGCCAGGCAGAACAAGGACUACCUGGAGAGGGACUGUCCUGAGCAGCUGAAGCAGUUCCUGGAGCUGGGGAGAGGACUUCUGAGGCAGCAAGUGCCUCCUUUGGUGAAGGUGACUCAUCAUUGGGCCCCUGCAGGGACCUCUCUAAGGUGCCAGGCUCUGAACUUCUUCCCUCAGAACAUCACUAUGAAGUGGCUGAAGGACAACCAGCCACUGGAUGCCAAGGAUGUCAACCCUGAGGAUGUGCUGCCUAAUGGGGAUGGGACCUAUCAGGCCCAGAUGACCUUGGCUGUAGCCCCUGGUGAUGAGACAAGGUUCACCUGUCGAGUGGAGCACCCAGGCUUGGAUCAUCCCCUCACUGCCACCUGGGAGCCCUUGCCAUCUCGGGCAAUGAUUAUUGGAGCCAUCAGUGGGAUCACCGUUUGUGUCUUCUUCUUUGUUGGCAUUUUGUUCCUAAUCUUAAGGAAAAGGAAGGCUUCAGAAGAAACCAUGGGUGACUAUGUCUUAGCAGAGUGUGAAUGACUUGCAGCCUGCAGACCUAUGGAAGGGAGGAGACCCAGCCAAAGACUUGGAGGAACCAACCUUGCUCCAUUCUAGGACAGAGUUGGACCUAAUACACAGAAAGUGCCUGAGGUACUCUGCUCUUAGCUUUCCCUGUUCACUUUCGUAAGAUGUUUCCCCCAGUCAAGUCUUUGAGUUCCUGAACAACAGUGACUGUUCCAGAUGCAACCUUUCCCUCCAGAACUGGUCUCAUGAAUCUCCGCCUGCAUCCUGAAACAUCCAUCAUUUCCUCCAUCCAUCUAGACUUCAUAUGUCUACUUCUUAAAAAGACUCUCUAAAUUUGGAGGAUACCCGAUUCAUUUUCAUAUCUGAAAAAGUUAUGAAUAUUCUUCCUGGAAUGCACACAUAUACUUGUUCCAGAAUUUUGCACACACAUCCUAAAAUCUAGGAACCACUCAACCAUCUUUUGAGCCUCUCCAUCUGUUACCUGGUGAUUCUUAUGUCACCAAACUCUGACUUUUAUGACAUUGGAGUGUUAUAUGGUCAUCAAUACAACUGAGGAGACACCCUCUAAGAAAAUACAGAUGUCUGUGUAUACAAUGAUGGCUAUGUGUUCAUGUUUACAAAGGUGUUGGACAGAUUAAUUUCAUGUGCGUUGUUGACAUGAUGCCUGUGAAGUACCCUCUCUCCUUGCUGGAUAAUAGAAAUCAUAAAUGAUUAUAAUAAUAAAGUGUAGCUUGCACUCGUAAAGAAGUGUUCAAUAUUAUACUCUGCUCUGAUCACCUGCUAAACAUUGACCCUGACUUGAAAGUCAUAAUGUUUUCAUGAGGUGGAAAUUAAUAUCUGCACCAACAUCCUUUUUCUUUAGUUGAGGGAGCUGAAGACGCACACUUCUCCAGAGAUACAGACAGACAGACAGACAGACAGACAGCCGUUAGAGUGUCAUUGUGACUCUUUGGUGCACCCUGUGCACUGGAUUAGUUACAUGAAGUGAGGGGAGAAAGGAGAUGACUCUUUUCUUGUCUCCUGGGGUUUCCUUUCAGUGAGUUUGACUCAUGACAUGAGAAAUAGCUGUCAACAUUCUCCAGCCCCCAGCUACCCUGAGUCCGUUAAAUCUCCUGUUUCUUUUGGCAUCUUUUAGUUCAGUUUAGUUUUUUAGCUUAUCUGACUAAUGUCCUUGAAGCUGAUGCCUCUGGAGUCAGAACCUUCAAGUGACUGUCCUGGCAGCCAAUAGUCUGUUAGCCUUUCUCAUCUCAUGGAAGUAAAAUGGAAGCUGGCAGGUAGAGUUGCUGAGGUCCUGUGCUCAUUCAUAGUUGUACACAGUAAAGCAAAAAAUGUGAUUUAACUAGACAAUUUAGAAAUUACUAGGUUGCAGAAAAGAGGUUCGUCUGUUCAUGUUUGUGUAAGUACAUCUUCAUGUGUGUUUUCAUAUAUGUGUACAUGUGUAUGUACAUGUGUGCGUGGGCACAUGUCUCAAUCCAGAUGGCAUGUAUUCACUUUCCCCCAAUGCACACAUUUGCCUGCAUGACUGUGCUAUAAAUUCUAUCUUAAAGACCAAGUGCCUCAGACCAACAUUUGAGCUGGGACCUCAACUUUCUUUUUUUUUUUUCUUUUUUGAUCUUUGUCUUGUUUUCUGUUUAUGAAAGUUAGGUACAAGGAAAAAAAGCAGCAAAAUAUGAAUUCACUGUUGAAAAUAGAUGGACUUAGAGUUAUCAUUUCCUGAGUGAGUAACACACUCUAAUAGCAGCUGGUAUAUUGCCUAGAUAUAACUCCCAUCAAAAUGUAUGCAACACAUGAUUUGGCAAAUAUGCCACUGUAUUUUGUACCACACAGCUUUAUUGAUAUUCUUGCCCAUCUUAUGGAUGUAGUUAAGGAUAUUUUUAUUUUGGCUUGAUUUAAUUUUUAAAAACUAUUCCCACUGUAACUGGGAGUAUAGGUUUGUAUUUUUUUCCUUUGUGUUUUAUAGAAUGCUUUCAUUGCACUGUGAUAGCUAAAUUGAUAAUUUUCCUUUGCUGUAAGAACAUUAUCAUCUGAGUUGUAAGUAGUGUUUAUCUACAAGCUGAGCUGAAAGCACACUGUAGUUUAUUCUCUCUAAAUAUCAGUCUGUACAUAGCAGAAUGCCAUGGGGUUUCCUCUGCCUCAUAGGGAAAUGUUAGAGUUAACUAAAAAAUGGUGUAAAAAUUAGACUGCAUGAAUGAUA